UCCCUCGAAAUAUGCGUGUCGCGAUAAUAUCAGUAACUAUUGUCCUCUUUUUGCAAUUCGCCCACAUCAAAACCGAAAGAAGUUUCGAACGAAUGCGUUGGUGCGACAACAAAACAGAUGAUCUGAAAUUAGUAGUCAAACGAAUCAUAGAGGAAAUGACUACGCAUAGCAAUUGCAUAGUUUUCAUUACUGAUCCUAUUUAUCGUGGACUGAUCGACAUACAUGCCAUCGGAAUGUUUUCCUUCUUGUUGAGAUAUGAUAUUGGCAUACGUGAUAGGGAGAAUUUUUCACGACCGAGAAAAAAAAUAGUAAAGACACUUCAACACAUCAAAGAAACAGGUUGCGAUGCGUAUGUUAUACUAAUCAGUAAUGGACUACUAACAUCACGAUUCCUACAAUAUGUCGAAGGAGAACGUCUAAUCAACACGCGUGGUUUCUUUUUACUUCUACACGACAAUCGGCUGUUCAGGCCUGAAUUGCAUUACAUUUGGAAUCGAAUUGUCAAUGUGGUGUUUAUACGGCGAUAUAAUACGUUCAAGCAUCGCUCAGGCGAGCGAGUUCCCGUGGAACAAAUUGAUCUCAGUACCGUUUAUUAUCCAUCACGUACACGAGAUUUCACAGCGAUCAAGUACAUAGAUACAUGGCACGACGGAAGAUUACGUUACGACAACAAUCACUACAUGCCGAAAACCAUAAACCUUCGCGGCAAUGGUUUACGAAUUGCUGUUUUCGAACAUAUACCAGCAGUGACGGAAGCAUCGCGAGAUUAUUAUCAACAAAGCUCAACAAUUGCAAGUUCUAAGGCUCUGGGUAUCGAAUUCGAAUUAACCCGAGUCAUAGCAAAGGCGAUGAACUUCAAAACAAACUACUAUAUGCCCUUUAAUAUCGCGAAUGAGAGGUGGGGUAAAGCGGGAGAUAACAAUAGCUAUACAGGUCUUCUCGGCGAGUCAAUUGCCGAAAAUGCUGAUUUCUUUCUCGGAGAUUUGCAUUACACGCUGCAGCAUUUGUAUUAUUUCGACCUAUCCACACCGUAUAAUACAGAAUGCCUUACCUUUUUAACACCAGAAGCAUUAACCGAUAAUUCAUGGAAACUGCUGAUACUACCUUUUAGGAUCAAUGCGUGGAUAGCACUUCUUUGUACUCUAUUGUUGGGUGGCGGAGCUUGCCAUGUGUUUGCGUUGUUCUAUCAGAAAUAUAUAGGUCUGCGUGCGUCUUCAACACAUGACAAAGGGGACGCGUACGACAGCACGAGGAGUCUGUAUUUGUUCACAGACUUUCAGAAUAGCAUGCUGUACACAUACGGUAUGUUACUUCAAGUCUCCUUGCCGCGUUUGCCGAACGCCUGGACCGUGAGAAUCUUUAUUGGCUGGUGGUGGAUCUACAGCAUCCUUGCGGCCGUUAUUUAUCGUGCCAGCAUGACGGCGACUCUGUCACAUCCCAUUGCAAAAGUAACUAUCGAUACUCUGGCGCAGCUGACAAGAUCGUCACUGGCGGUAGGAGGAUGGAACGAAGAGAGCAAGAAGUUUUUCCUCGCUUCCUCGGAUCCACACAGUCAAGAGAUUGGUAAUAAGUUCGAAUUGACGGAAAACGAAGAGGAUGCGAUCGAACGAGUAGCCAAAGGAACAUUCUGUUAUUACGAGAAUUCCUAUUCAUUACAGCAUGCUAGUUCGAAACAAAUAUUUAAGAAGCAAAACGAUUGGCAAAAUAUGUCGAGUACCGAGUCAUCAAUCAAAUAUAAUCUACAUGUUAUGGAGGAAUGUGUCGUCCAUAUGCCGAUCGCGUUAGGACUGGAAAAGAAUUCUCCCCUUAAACCCCACGUAGAUUUAUGGGUGAGACGAAUGGUAGAAAUCGGUUUGGUACAGAAGUGGCUGAGCGAUGUCAUGGAAUGGUCAAAGAUCAAUGAGUUACAGCAAAAAUCACAAACCGAAACGGCGCUAGUAAAUCUACGAAAGUUAUAUGGCGCCCUUACUGCUCUCGGAAUCGGUUAUCUUCUCAGCUUCUUAGCUUUACUCGGCGAAAUUCUGCACUGGAGAUACGUUGUUUUAAAAGAUCCCAGAUACGACAAAUACCAUCUCGAUGUAUUUUAUAAAAAAAAAUAAUGAAUCUAAAGUUUAAAGUAAACAUUCUUUUAGUAUAUUUAUUCUGUAACGACUGUUUUAGUAUAUUUAUUCUGUAACGACUCUGUUAUCGUAAAAUAUUUAACUUUAUGUAAUAAGAAAAUUGUCAAAAAAUAUUAAUCAUGUGGCAAUAAGAAAUGUGCAAUCGAAAGACACGAAAUAUUAUCGAGAACAAUUUAAUCGUUUUUAAACUUUUAUUUUAUUCAAUUUUUACUCAUUUCAUAACUCUACUGUCAUUCCAAACUCCGAUCACAUCGCGAACAGAUUCGGUGAAUAAAGUUAACAUGGAUAAAAAAA